AUGCACAAGACUCCGUUCGAGAUCGUCCACAACUCCAAGCCAAGUGUCAAGCACAUGCAGGUGUUCGGUUGUCAGGUUUGUAUACUGACACCGAAGGAGAAGCAGCCCAAGUGGGACCCCAAGGCUCGCACUGGGAUAUUCUUGGGCUACCAAGAAGCAUCCAAAGCGUAUCGCGUUUAUGACAUCGAGGCGGGGCAGGUGUUCAUCAUCCGCGAUGUCAACUUUGACGAGUCCGCCUUUGGACUUUCGCCGCCUACCACCGCUGAAGACGCCGAUGACCUUGACUUCGACUCCCUCGAUCUGGAUGAUGAAGCGCCAGGUCAAGCGCAGUACAAGCAAACAGGCAAGCGCAAGAACAACCACACGACCCACCAAGAAGAAUAUGAAGAAACAAAGAAUGCUGAUGCAUCGACUCCGCCUGUGUUUUGGCGUGCGAGUGCGAACGCCAUCGAAACAGCAGUGGACUUAUCCGAGCCAUCGACUUUUAAAGAUGCGGUGAGCGUUCCUGAUCAAGCGCAUUGGCGCGAAGCUAUCCGUGCGGAACUUGAGUCAGUGCGACUUCGUGAAGUAUUCCGCGCAGCCAAGCUACCUAAAGGACAUUGCGCCAUUGGCACGAAGUGGGUCUUCAAGAUCAAGCGCAAAGCGGACGGAUCAAUUGACAAGUACAAGGCGCGUCUUGUGGCAAAGGGUUUCAAGCAACAAUACGGGAUGGACUACACGGAAACAUUCUCGCCCGUCGCCAAGUACGUGACGCCGCGCAUGGUGAUUGCAGUCGCCAAGUAUUUCGGAUGGAUCAUCGACCAACUCGACGUGGUGACGGCGUUCCUGUAUGGUGUCAUGAAGGAACAAGUGUUCUGCGUCAUCCCUGAAGGCGUAGAAUUGGAGGGCCCCUUCGAUUGUCUGGGGUUGGUGAAGGCAAUCUACGGACUAAAGCAAGCGUCGCGCGUAUGGGACGAAACGUUUGACGAGUUCGUGUGCGAUUGGAUUUCAAGCGUCAAGCCUCGACCCGUGUCUCUACAUAAGGAUUGUGGAAGGGCAAUGCGUGCUACUGCUGGUGUAUGUGGAUGA